ACAUCGAAGCAGUCGCUGCCGAAGUCCAAAAAACUCGAAAGAAAUAUGUCAGCGGUACGUCGGAUUCCAUUCCUCAGAUUGACAAAACGACUUUUUGCCACAACUGCCGCUCCAGGUCCGAACCAAGAGUGUAACAACAAUAGGCCGGAAAAUCUGGUUUCCCCGCAGAUCAACUCCCACAUCCAGGCGGCAAUAAAUGAGCAGAUCAAUGCCGAAUAUGGAGCAGCAUACACGUACCUUUCGAUCAGCUUCCACUUUGCGAAAUCCAGCGUCGGUCUGUUGGGAUUCUCAAGAAUGUAUCGAUCUAUGUCGGAGGAGGAAGUUAGCCACGCCGAUAAGUUGGCGCGGUAUUUGCUGGAACGCAACGGUUCCGUUGAUCUGCGGUCCAUACAGAAACCUGCCAGCUGUAGUUGGUCAAACAUUGGUACUACCAUGAACGAAACCGUUCGGAUGGAAAACUCCGUCUCCGAAGCACUUUCCCAGUUAUACCGUAUAGCGGAGAAACAUGAUGAUCUGGUAACGACCGACUUUAUCGUCAGUGAAUUCUUCAAGGAGCAAAUAGACGAGAUACGGACCAUUUACCUGCUGAUAGCGAAGUGGCGGACAUUGGAGAAGGCCCCAGAUGGAGUGUAUCAGUUGGAUAGGGAGUUGUUGAAAAAAUACGACUCGGACUAAUUGCUAUUCAUGAAGGUUUAUUUGUAGCCUCAUUUGGGGAAUUGUGUUAAAUUUUAGUUAAAACAUUGCACAACGGCCCUAAUUAAAAUUGUAAUAUUUGAAUACUUACUAAA